AUGCCGUUGUCUGGGCUUUCUAAAGUGCUUCGUUUGUCUUCCGAGUCUAUCGAGGAAGCACUUGAAGCGGCAUGUCGAAUCUUGCUAAAUGGUGGAAUUGUGGCUCUUCCAACUGACACGAUUUAUGGAUUAACUACGACUUUGGAGAAUUCCAACAAGCUAUAUGCUUUGAAACGUCGUUCUGGUGCCAAACCUUUGGGGAUUUUUGUUUCAUCAUGGGAGGAAAUCAAGAAAAUCGCCGACUCUUCCAUAGUUGAUCAAGAACUAUUAAGCUCUCUUCUUCCUGGCCCGGUAACACUUUUGUUUGAACGGGCAGCUGCAUUACCAUCAUUUUUUAACCCUGGGGUGUCCGUUGUCGGUGUACGAGUUCCUAAAUACCAUUUCGUACAGGAGCUUUCUAAACGUGUUGGUGUUCCAUUGGCUCAAACGUCAGCAAAUAUUUCCGGAGACACUUCACCGCUAUCUAUCGCCGAUUUUGAGCAUUUAAUUCCUUUAAUUGAUUUGGUUAUUGAUGGAGGCGUUCUUGGUAACAACACAGCACCACUGGGAAGCACUGUAGUCGAUCUCUCACGGCCGGGAUUUUUCCAUAUAAUUCGACCUGGAUGUGCCGAAAAAGCCACUUGCCAAACCCUAUUGAAGAAUGGACUCGAAGAAACGAACGGGGACGAAACUUCAAAAUUA